UGUUAAUCCAGUCGGGUUGUGCUUCUGUGCAUUUCUGUACUUUUGCAAUUUGAUGAAUUCCCAACGGAUGGCAGAACACAUCACAUUUUAAAGCAGCAACAUUUAAUUCUUCAGACUUACAGUCGGUGGGAGCUUCACAUCAGAGCCUCUGGUUCAGAGGCGGAUCUCAGCUUUACGGGAGUCGUGGAACGAAUGAUGAAGUCCAAACCAGGCAUGGCGACUAUGCUGCUGCCCAUCGCUCUCUUCUUCAGCCUGGUCCCUGUGAGUUUCGGAGCAGCAAUUCCUAUUUCAUGUGGUUCCAUCUACAAGAGUUUUGCUCAGUGUUUACUCACACUAGGAGACAGUUUGGUGGAAACACAGAAAGACCAAAACACGCAGGACAUUGAUGCAAUCUGCAGGUCCUGGAAUGCGUUCCAUGUUUGUGCCAACUCAGCUCUGGCCGGCUGUCCUGGAGAAGCAGCAGCCGUCUGGGAGUCUCUAAGACAAGAAUCCAGGAAGACGCAGUUCUCCGGAAACCUUUACGACAUGUGUGCCAGCCGCAGCACCCUCCCUCCCAGCACUAUGCCUGCACCCCAGGGCCCUCCCACCUCCGACCAAACCAACCAGGAAACACUGAAAGGGCAAUCAAACAAGCACAGUGCCACCUUCAGCACACUGUUGUUCCCUGUAUGCAGCACCUUACUACUACUGCUCAGGAGUUAGUGAAAGGAAUACUUAACCCACAAAAUGAUCAUGUUAUAUCAAAUACUCACCACGUAUAACCUUGAAUAUUUGAAAAAAACAUUGUUUUUCCACUGUAAACUAAGAAUCAAAACAAAGAAAAGUCUUAAUGAAUCGAAGUAAAUGGGGACCGUGUUAAACAACACCAACAUCUAAAAACAUCUGUGUACAAACUCUCACACUAAUCGUGCAGGAUAAUCCAAGUCUAAUCUAUCCAGUCUAGCUGCUCACUGCUUCCCAAGCACAAGCAUUUUCGCUAAAAAAAGACUUUUUAAACACUUCUGCAUAGACAGUCUCACGCUUGUGCAGAUGCACUACUCAUCCGUGCAAGUCUGGACAAGUCUGAAGUGUUUUAAAUAGUAAAGUUUUAGGGAAUAUUCAUGUGUUUGGGAAGUAGUGAGCAUACACUUUAUUAAAUGAGACUUGGAUCAUAAUGCAAGAGUUGUGUGAGAGUUUUUAAACAGAUGUUUUGAUAUAGUUUUGCUGUUGUUGAACGCGGCCCCCAUUCACUUAAAUUCAUCGAGACUUUUCUCUGUUUUUUGAUUCUUGGUUCACCGUGGAGGCACGUGAGGAAAACAACAGUUUCUUCAAGGAUUCAAAGUAACACUGGGGGAUUAAUUUAUAUACAAAUUGUCAUUGUGUGAGUGAAGUAUUCCUUUAAACUAUCUAAGUCUUUUAAUAAGACAGCUGAUCGUCAGCGUCCUGCUCCCCAUGUAAUCCAAACACGAGGGAAAACACUCUUAACAAGUCAGGCUCAUCAUGAUUACAUAUGGAUCAACAACGGGAUCAAAAUGAAAUAAAUGGUUCAGUGUUUCUUAACUGGACAAGGUGGAACAUCUAUUUAGAUAUUUAUUACAUAACAUGUUGAGAUUAUCACAUGUUUGUUGCUUUCAAUCUGACAUAAAUAUUUAAAUGAAGCAUUUCCAAACCACCAUGUGAUUUCUAUCACUACUGCAGAACAUCAGUAAUGCCGCAUGAUUUUUGUUUUAGGACAAAAGAGAUUUUAAGAGAGGCCAGGUGUUCAGAUUGUGAUCCUAUCAGGUGUGAUCCAGAGCAGAGUAUUAUUGCAGGGUGCAAAACUGUGUUGUUGUGCAGCUUAAUUCAUCACCCUGUCUGACCAGUUUAAUAUCAGAACCUUAGAUUUCUGUGUCGGAGCAUCCUUUGCAUUAUGUGCAUGAUGUUGCAAAAAUAUUGUUGCUUGUUUAAACUGUGACAUUUCCUUUGACCUCUCAGUGGUUUUCCUUCUUUAAGCAGUUAUAUGUUGCUUUUUCUAGUCUGAACAGUUGCGUACAGUAAAGUUUCACUUCAAUUAAUUCAGUAACUUUAUGUAUCCAAAGACAAAAUAUUACAGAACAUAUUUAAAAAGUACAACAGGUACAUGCUAACAGCAUAAAUUGGUGGUGGAAAUAGGGAGUGGGAAGUUUCCCAAGGUUCAUCCUUAAAACAUUAACAGUUGCUGUAAUGUUAUUUAAUGUUGUAUAACUUUUCUUUGAUACUAAGCUGAUAUGCAAUCACAGAUUUAAUUUUAUUUACUUAUUUUCACGUUACCAAUGUAUUUGCUGUAUGCGACAUGACUUUUUGUAUCACUCGGAUUUUUAACCCAACAAAAACCUAAAUUAAAGGUAUCCUUUAUGCUCGCAA